UUAGGGUUCUACAGAUCAAUCUAAGGUUUAGGGUUCCCAUCUCUCCACUUCCGUACUUGGAGCCAGAACAGAUCUCCAGAUUGGGGCGUUGUGGCGCUUGGAGUUGGAGUAUUCAAGCCAAUCGCAGCUCUGAACAAACUUCUCAACUGAACAAAACGGGAUCAGCGCUUUGGCAUGUGCAUUUCUCACUGCAACGACACGCCAAGGUCAGGAAGAGCUUUUCGCGAGAUUCUAUUCUUUUAGUUACAAUGUUAGCACCAUUCGCUGCAAACAAUGGCUUCCCUGCAGACAGCAAGGUCUACAAGUUGGAGAAAGAGAGUGAGCUGAGAUGCGAGGUCCCUUGGGAUGGCCAGCUGACCGUAAAGCUGCUGGAGGGCGUUGCAGAGAUCUUUGGGACCGAGAUUGCUCAAGGCCAGGAGCUGCACUACAGAGGUGGCGACAAGUUUGCUGUGUUUACAUGGUAUGGCGCUACUGUGGAGAUAACUGGUCAGCCAGAGGUCAGCUAUGUGGCAGAUGAGACUCCAAUGGUGAGCUACGUCAACACGCACGCAGUCCUGGAAGCCCGACGGCAGUCUGCUCGCGAAGCGUCCAGCGUCGACGGCGGUGCUGCUGGGGAGGAGACGCAGGGGCCGAGGACCAUCAUCGUUGGACCAACGGAUUCAGGCAAGAGCACGCUCUGCAAGAUUCUCCUCACCUACGCCGCCCGCCUUGGCUGGAAGCCCACUCUAGUUGACCUCGACAUCGGGCAGGGCCAGAUCAGCAUCCCGGGAACCAUAGCAGCUACGCUCGUCGAUAAGCCGGUGGACCCAAUCGAGGGAUACGAGAUGGAGUCCCCGCUCGUAUACUUCUACGGCCACGUGAGCCCGUCCGAGAACCCGGACCUGUACAGAACGCAGGUGGAGCAGCUGGCGAGCAUGCUGGAGCGGCGGUUUGCGGGGAGCGCUGAGUAUCGGAACGCCGGCGCCGUCAUUAACGCCAUGGGCUGGGUCGAGUCCCUCGGCUACGAGCUGCUCCUCCACGCCAUCGAGACCUUCCGCAUCGACGUCGUUCUCGUUAUCGGCCAAGAGCGCCUCUUCAGCCAGCUGUCGUCACAAUUCCACGGGCGCACGCGACCCGACGGGAGCCGAAUCGACGUCGUGAAGCUGAACAAGUCCGGAGGAGUUGUGAACCGCAACCCGAAGCACCGGCAGCGCACGCGCACCUCGCGCGUGCGAGAGUACUUCUACGGCAUCGCUGGGGACCUGAGCCCGCACGCGAUGACCGUCAGUUUUGCGGACGUCCAGAUCUACCGGAUAGGCGGCGGACCGAAGGCACCAUCGUCAGCGCUUCCCGUUGGCGCCCAGUCGCACGCCGACCCAAUCAAAGUCACUCACGUGUCCAUCAGCAAAGAUCUGACGCAUGCCGUGCUCGGAAUCUCAUACGCAGCUUCCGCAGAGCAGCUUCUUUCCAGCAACGUGGCGGGGUUCAUUUAUGUAACAGAGGUUGAUACGAUGAAACGGACGCUGACGUAUGUAGCCCCCUCGCCUGGUCCCCUGCCCAACAAUCUGCUCCUUGCAGGCAGCUUGAUGUGGGUAGAACAUUGAUUGCUAGCGACGUACUAACUUGGAAGACUGCUAACACUUACAGCCUGGUACCAUUCGAUGUCACUUGUAUCUGCUGCGCGCACAAAAGCCGACCGAUCAAUUGCUAGGAUCUGCAGUAAGAUUUCUUUCAGGUUCUUCGUUCUUGCGAGAAGUACGCCACCCGACCUGCACUCGGGUUAUCAGAGAAAGUACAGGUCGCAUAAGUUGCAUGAGCAAUUGCGCAUGUUCUAUGAUAGCACAUGCAAGAGAUGAAGAAAAUCAAGGCCCC